CAUAGUUUUUAUGACAUAGAAGUGAGUCCUAAUUUUAGUGGUGGAAUAUCUGACUUAACUAUGAAUAAUUUCAACACAGUUACUUUUUUAAUGUCACUUUUUGUGACUCUUAAGUUGCACUUGUGCCAAGUUUGCGCUCUUUGCUGGCUAGCUCAUUUUUCCACUAUGUACACCAUUUUAAUUCUUUUCAUCUAUAUGCCAGGCUCCGGUUUUUGAAUCUUAUUUUACAUUCUUGCUUUUUUUGCAACAAAAAUCCACAUUUACCAAUAGCCAUUUGCCAUUUGAUUUUUCAUUAACAACUUCUAUUUUGUAUAAACAACAACAAACAAACAAAACUUAUCAUGUCUUUUUAAACUUUCGCGGAUAUUAAAAUUUUUUGUCAGCCAUCCUUUUUGUAACAUAUUUUACAGAAAUCAAUAUUUUCGAUUAAGAAAAAACUAAUUAAGCGGUCAGUACAAAUCAUUUUUUGCCGUUGUCAAAUUUGCAACUGAAACGUAGCAUAUUUAUAAAAUUGGAUUUAAUAGUUCAUUUCGCUCAUAAAACAGCUCACAAUACCUGGACUCAUUUGACAAAAACCUAGUUUCAUAAUUUCUUGGAUGAAAAAAUACCCAAAUGUCAUCAAUUACUUUCGAAAUUCAUCUCUCUCAUCAAUAAUCCAAGAAUCGGCUACCAGAAACUGUUCCAGCUCAAUUGUUAAAAAUGCGAGCAGACGUGAACAAAGCUGCAGUUUCCGCUCCUAGAAGCCCAAAUUACACCCCUAAUGGACCGGCUAAGAAACCAGCUCCGGUCAAAUCGGCUGCUACCCCGCAGUCUAAUUUACAGAACGGGAACAGGUAUACGAAUGGAGUGACUGCAAUGCAUAAACAGCCGCCUGUGAAACCUGGUGUGAACAGAAAUAAUAAACCGCCUGUUGAAGUGUCCCGGAAAGCACUUAAUGACGGCGAGCGAGUGGACACGACAGUUGCGAUGGUCGGGGGUGAGAAGAAGUUUGGUUUCUCAAUUGCAGGAGGAGCUAACCGAAGUCACUUCCCCAAAGUCGACAACAUACACCCGGAAUCGGCGGCUUCCAGAGCUAAUCUGAAGCUGGGAGAUGAGAUCAUUGCAAUAAACGGAGUUAGCAUUGAACACGCAACACACGAGGGCAUCAUCACCACCAUACAUAAGAGCUCUCAUAAUCGAUCAGUUUCCCUAACUGUCAUCCGAGAACCCCCUCCUCCCGAACCCGAGAGGCCCCCGACAGCAGUAAAACGAUCCGAGUCGACCAAUUUUCCAAAAGCAGUAGUCGUUCACGACUCAAUUUCGGAGAACUCGGACGAGUCAUCGAGUGACGAAGAAGAAAGUGACGAGGAGUAUUCGGACGAAGACGACGCGCGAGACGGUCGGCAUCCGAACCAAGACGAGCUGAGUGAGGCAAGCACUUUGACUCCGAAUGAGAACGAAGUGAAUGGAUAUCAUGAAGACGAUGAAGGGAAUGAACUUGAAAUAAGUGAAGAGCAUAGCCCGAAUGGCAAUGGGUUUUACAAGAAAGCUGAAAAAGUAGACGAAGAUGUCACCAGUAAUAUUUCAUCGUCGGAAAUAAACUCUGAUCCUGAAAACAUUUACGCAGCACGUGAAAAUCUAAAUGUGCACCAGCUGAAAGAGAAAUUUGAGCCCAAUGAAUCGCCGAGAAAACAAAACCGACAUUUUUACUCGAUGAACGAACCUGAAAUACGCAAACAGCGGUUUCAGAAGAAAAAUGAUUCGAUUUUCAUGAAAACGGAUUCUUUUAAACAGUACGAAAAGGACGAGAACAAUGUUAAGUCUCGGUAUAAUUUGGAUGACCGAUUUGGAAAAAAUGACAGAGAUUAUGAUAGUGAAAAAUACACUGAUUCUUUGGAGGAAAACUCAAUAAAUCAAGGUGAAGAUGAUUUGGGCCUAGAUUUUCAGAUGCCUGAAAGGGAAGAUCCAAUUGGUUACGAGCAGAGGAAACGACUUGAUACAAUUCCAUAUAAGGCAACAAAUGCAAUAGAAAUAACAGUUGAUCCGCCCUCGGAAUUAACCGAAAGCGAGCCGAAGAAAACUUCAGGACAAGUUAUAGACGAGGAGCCACUGCUCGUGGAAAAGAGAUCCAAAGCGGUCGAGAGUGGAAUAGGUGAUUUGGAAUCAUUCGCAGACGGUGAAAAGAAAGAAAAGGAACCCAAAUUAGACCUCGUGAUUCUCCACAACAGCCUGCAUGAGUUGGAUGACGUUGAUGCUCUUCGGAUCCUCACAACUCUCCAGGAGGACAGGAAGAUCACAAAUUCCAUCAGGAGGUACCUGGACACAACCCAACAGUCUCAUGGUCAGCUAAACCAGCAUGCCCACAGAAAUCCGGAGAGACUUGAUUCUAGAGCUGCACUGCCGUCCGUUUCAAACGUGUUUGUGAACGGGACUUACUCUGACAUUCCGAGUAGAUCCUCAACUCCACUCGAUACUGAGGUGAUUGUGAACACCCCUUAUGAAGAUAGAGGCUCGGAUGAUGCCUCGUGGGCCGAGAUAUCAGACCCCGGAUUGAGAGAUGUAUUCGUGACUAAACCGGCUGGACAACACAUUGGUGUGACCGUUAAGAAUUCAGAAGAUGGUCGAGUAAUCAUUGCACGGAUAGUGAAGGGAGGAAACGUCGAGACGAAAGAUAUUCACGUGGGCGAUGAACUGCUGUCAGUGAAUGACAUGUCGGCAGAUGGACUGACAGCUGAUGACGUCAGUGACAUGAUAAACGCAGUGAGUGGGCAGGUCAAACUGAAGGUCAGGACUUCACCUGAUACUCGGAGUUAUCACAACAGGGCUUUAGAAGUGAGUCACGAUGACAACGACGGGGGUGAAAUGAAUGGACAUGACAGUGCUGAUGUUGCCGUUCCUCCACAAUUCCGCGUGCGUGCUCAGUUCAACUUUGACCCCGACCGCGAAUCCAGAUGUCCGUGUCCUGAGUUGGCGCUGACCUUCACGAAGAGAGACAUUUUGCAUGUGUGUGCUGUGAGAGAGGGCGAUGACCCCUUCUGGUGGCAGGCAUUCAAAGACAAUGGAAAAGGUCACCAUGACUCAUCAAUGGCUGGAAUCAUACCAUCCAAGAAGUUCAUAGAACAGAAAGACGAGAACCGGAAGUUGGCCAGUGCAAACAGCGUUUAUGUGCCUAAGAAAAAGAAGGGACUGAAGUACCUGUGUGGGGGAGGGAGAAACAAGAAGAAGAAGGAGAAACAGGUCAACUCACAUGGAAGGAAAGGGGGAACAACUGAUGCGCCCAGUUAUUACAACAGCAGCCCGAAUGUUCCGAGGAUCUUGAGUUACGAAGAGAUCACGCGUGUGCCUCCCGAUAGAUUCUACCCGGAGACGAGACCUCUGGUGUUGAUCAGUGCCCUGGUGGGAGACGCAGUCGCGCUUCAGAAAAGACUGUGUGAACAAUUCCCAGAAUCAACCAUUCAACCCCAACUACACACGACCCGUCCAUACGAGCAUCCGUCGUCGGCUAAAGCUACUUCGUACAACCAGAACCACAGGGUUUCUUCUCAAACUUUAAAUUCCAUUCCAUCGUACAUGAGGACGUCAUCAUAUCAAACUGCCAAUCAAAACCACAACAACAAUUUCAAUUCCACGCCGGAAACAGAACCAGAAUGGUUUCACGUGGGUGUGAAUCAUUUCCAGGAAAUGGAGAGGUCGUCUAAGUUCAUUUCUGUACAGUCUGUGGGCGAUUACAUGUAUGGCCUAUCUGUGGAAUCGGUAGUCGAGGCUAUGCAGUCGAGUAAUACGUGUGUCUUUGUAUGUCCCCCAGAGUCCAUUUACAAGAUCCGCAAUGCAAUAGUGAAGCCAUACACUGUGUUCUUAUCAGCCCCGAACAGAGAAAUACUAAAGGACAACUGCACAAACAACAGGGGAUGUUUCAUGAAGGCAAAGGAAAUUAACCGUGUGUUUUCGUAUUCUGUGCAAAUAAGCGAUAGAUACUUGCAUCUCAUGGAUCACGUGAUUCCUCUGACGUCACAGGACACAGCGUAUGACCAACUGCAGACCACACUGAACAAACUUCAGUCACAACACAUGUACUGUCCCACUUCAUGGCUGGAAAAUUUCUGAACAAGUAUAUAUUAGUGAAAAUGGAGAGGAAAACUUAAACAUAAUGAACCAUUUCAAAGAUUUCAAACUGAAAAUAAAAAUGAAGAAAUUGAAGUAUGAAAAAUUUUGAUAGUUCUAUUGAAGCUUCCAAUAGAUUGAUUUACAAAAUACACACUGUAAGUGUCAUAUCAAAUCUUA